AUGCCACAUCAGUUGCAGGAUGAACCCCUUUCUGGGGAUGGGGAAGUAGACCUCUACGCCCCUUUUAUUAGCGACACCAUCCUCGAGGUCCGCACAGGCAAGAUGAAGACCAUGCCUGGACUCACGGUGAAGUCAGGCAUUGACAAGUCGAUGCACGACAAGCCAGUGCGCGUGACGGAGUUGGGUCUCGAGGGCGACGAGCACGACCCGACCUUCCAUGGCGGCAUCGACAAGGCCAUCCACGGAUAUUGCUCAACCCACUACGCAAGCUGGCGCGCCGAGUACGCCUCCGCAGCCGAGGCCUUCAAGCCCGGCGGCUUCGGCGAGAACCUCGUAACGCGCCACCUCAACGAGCGCAACCUCUGCAUCGGCGACAUCGUCUCCAUCUCCCCGCCCAACCCCACCAACUCCGAUACCUCGCCCCCCGUCCUCCUCCAGGUCAGCCUGCCCCGCCAGCCCUGCUUCAAACUCAACCACCGCUUCCAGCUCAAGAACUUCGCCCCGCAAACCUGGCGCACCAGCCGCACGGGCUGGUACUUCCGCGUGCUGCGGACGGGGCAAAUCCGCGCCGGCGACACCAUCCGGCUGGUCGAGCGCCCCCACCCGAAAUGGACGGUCGAGCGCGUGCAGGAGUAUCUGCACCGGAAUGUGGGCGACGAUGAGGCGAAUGAGGAGCUGGCGGGCGUGGAGGUGCUGGGGAGGGAGUGUAGGGAUGCGUUUUGGGGGAGGGUGGUGAAGAGCAGGGCGAGGGCGAGGAGGGCGGAGAGGGAGAAGCGUGGGGAGGGAGGUGGUGCUGGGGAGGAGAAGUGGAGGGUGUUUCGGGUGGUGGAGAGGACGAGGGAGACGGGGAGGGUGGAGGGGUUCGUGCUGGAGGCGGUGCGGAAGUUGGGUGAGGGGAAGGAGGGGGAGGGGGAGGAGGUGAUGCUGAAGCCUGGGGCGCAUGUCAAGGUCAGGUUGGGGAAUGGCCUGGUGCGUGCGUAUUCUGUGGUGGGCGGGGAUCGGAACCGGUUCGAGUUGGGCGUGGCGCUGGAUGAGAAGAGUCGGGGCGGGUCGAGGUAUCUGCACGAGACGGCUGUGGUUGGGCACGAGGUCGAGGUGGGCGGCUUCACGGGUGCGGUACCACUUCGCGAGUGCGGCGAGCCAUCAUGUUCAUCUACGACAAGGCCGCGGCCCAGCGAUUUGGAUAUCCGCCGCAUUAUCGAGGUCAUACCGUGGAACUCGCAGCUGUACUUUUGCGGCCCGAAACGGCUCAUGGACGAGGCAGCCAAGGAAACGAGGGCACGCGGCAUCGCGGAGGGAGAGAUGCACUUUGAAAUCUUCGAGGCGGACGUGUCGGGUGACCCGUUCGAGGCCGUCGUGACCAACAAAGGGGGCAAGCCUAUCAGAGUGGGCGAGGAGGAGACCCUCCUCGAGUGUCUGCAGAAGGAAUUUGGCGACAUUGACUCGAGCUGUUGCGUUGGCAACUGCGGAACCUGCCGCGUGAGCCUCAAGGGAGGCCGCGUAGACCACCGGGGCACUGCACUCACCGAAGAGGAGAAGGCCACGUCUAUGCUGGCGUGCGUGAGCCGUGGAAUCGGAUCUAUCACCAUCGAGAUCUGA